CAAAAAUGUGUGCUGUUGGGGUACUCAAGGACUGGAGUUGGGAAACACUGCUUAAGAGAGACUUUGAAGCAAGGCCUUUGAUUUGACCAGUCAAUAAAAUCCAAUGCAGUGCAUCUUGGGAUGUUCCCAUGAGGGGAACCAAAGGGUAGAGACCACAAAGAAGACCGUUCCAGACGUAUACAUCUGUAACCUGGCCGUGGCUGAUGUGGUCCACGUGACGGUCAUGCCCUUCCUGAUCCACCAGUGGGCCCGGGGGGGGCAUUGGGUGUUUGGCAGCACCCUCUGCACCAUCAUCACCUCCCUGGACAACUGCAAUCAGGUGGCCUGUGCAGCCGUCAUGACCGCUGUCAGCCUGGACAGGUACCUGGCGGUGGUGCACCCGUUCCGUCUGAUGACCCUCCGCACCCGCGCUAAGACAAUCUGGAUCAACCUGUUUGUGUGGGUGGUGUCAUUUGUCAUAGUCCUUCCCGCCUGGGUCCACUCCAAGGUGAUUCGCUUCCCUGACGGACUGGAGAGCUGCUCCAUGAACCUGGUCACUCCCAAAGAGGUGCUCUGGUACACCCUAUAUCAGACCAUCACGUCUUUCUUUCUGCCCCUGCCACUUAUCAUCACCUGUUACAUGCUGAUCCUGUGCUAUACCUGGAGGAUGUACCUGAAGAACAAAAGGGAACGGCGCUUCAGUGCUAACAACCAGUCCCGGGAGCGAGCCAUCCGCCUCACCAAGAUGGUUCUGGUCCUUGUGACGGUUUUCCUGGUGAGCGUAGGGCCCUACCACAUGCUCCAGCUGGUCAACUUAACGCUGCGGCGGCCCACACUGGCCUACUACACCUGCUACUACCUGUCAGUGUGCCUCAGUUACGCCGCCAGCAGCAUUAACCCUUUCAUCUACAUCCUGCUCAGCGGACACUUCCGUCGCCGGCUCACUUACCGCAAGCCGCCCAGUAGGCCUGUUGUUGAGAGGGAGCCUAACGGGCCCCAGGUCCGUACACCACACUCCAGCUUCUGACAGUCUUGUCCUCAAAGCAGGCACAACCACACACACACACACACACACACACACACCCCACCACAACUACAGCCUGUCCCCAACACACUGCGUGGGGCAUUACCUAUGGCAGGAGCAUUACCUUUUGAUCAAGGAUUGCUUUAUUUGACAUUGUGGAUUGACUUACACCUCAACAGGAUCAGAGUGUUGUUAUUUAUUUUUUAUUAUGGUUUUCAAAAGGACUGUACGAUAGCAUUGGGAUAUUGCAAGGAUUGAUCCACUAUCAUUUUGGAUUUCCCUGAAUUCGGCUGACAAUACUUUCACUGUGUAUUUUAUUGUAUAGCUAAAACACAAAUAACACAUACUAAGUGUUUGCCAUUAACACAUAGUUUGGCAUUUUUUUUCAACCUAUAGUUAGUGUUGCUGUAUCAUUAAUUGGUGCAUUGAUUGGAUUGUGUGGGACUUUGAACUCACAGAAACAUCUGUCCUACUGUAUGUACGGCUAACAGUGCUGAGACUGCUGAGUGAAUACUUCUUUUUUGACCAUUAGUCUGAAUGCUAAGCAUUAGACUGGAAUCACUGGGAUCGGUCCAGGGUGAUUUGGUACUGUCUGGUGUUAACUGGGCUGGACUGGGAACUGGCCCCAGGAUGUAACGGUAUUACUAGUCAACAGACUGACUGAACACGGGCCACAGACACACAGAUAGACAGCACCACCAGGGGCAUCUAAUCAAACAACUCCUCCUUACCCUCACCCAGCUUGUGAUCAAUAAAAAGCCUAUAGCAAACCAGAUCAGACAGAUAGGAGCAGCGUCACACCCCCGGCAAGGCUAAGGGGAGACUACAGUGCAACCCCUCCCCACUCUCUCUUUCUCUAUCGUUCUCUCUCUAUGGUAAUCCCACUCUGUUUUUACUCUAAAAUUGCCUCAGGCAUAGAGUAAUUUGACAUAUUGAUCAAUAUGUCUCAAUGUCAACACACUCCUGCUGUCUCCAGGAUUUCCAAUUAGUCUCUUAUUGGAUUGGUUGUGAUCAACAUACUAAAUUCCAUUGUGUUAUUGGUCGACGAUGGAUAUAUUUGUAUGUUAUCAGUACCAGUGUACCUAAUUUAUUAACGUUAACUCUCUGCUCACACCUCCACCACCUUCCAAUAACAUCAGAUUAUUAAAUCGACUAAUAUACCAAUGUAAUAUAAUUCGAUUUUAUUCCUACUCGCUCUCUAUACUCUCUUCAACUGUUACUUCAAAAUAUUCCCUUCCCAUACUACUGCCUGUAUAAAUCUUCCAUCUCUUUGUACACCUCAAUCCUCUUAUUUCCCCGCUGUGCCUCAACCCCAUUACCUCUUCCCCUUUCUCCAUCUCUCCCUAUACACAUUGCUCUCUGCACUUAAGCAGUGGUGUAAAAAUACUUGAAAGUACUACUUAAGUCGUUUUUUGUUGUUGUAUUGUAACGCCUGCUCCCAAUCCCCCUCUCUGGUGCUCGAGGGCGCCAGGCUGCCCUUCGUUACGCACACCUGUCACCAUCAUUACGCGCAACUGUGCAAUAUUGGACUCACUCUGUCUGCUCCUCACUCUGUUCCCUGUACAGCAUAUUGUUGUAAGGUUUCCCUUGUCCAGACGCUGUCCUUGUUUCGUUCAUGUCCAUUAUUCUUUAAAUGUUCACUUCCUGUACUUGCUUCUUGUCUCCCAGCGUCUGUCCUCACAGGUAUCUGUACUUUAUAUUUUUGAUUACUUUUACUUUUACUUCACUACAUUCCUUCACUACACACACAAUUAUCAUGAGAACAUCCCUGAUCAUCCCUACUGCCUCUGAUCUGGCAGACUCACUAAACACAUACUUCAUUAGUAAAUUAUGUCUGAGUGUUUGAGCGUG